AUGUGUUUUAAAUUCCUAAUUCGCAGAACGGUAAAAACUACAAAAGAAGAAAAUACCGAAGCAACAAAUCCAACAGAAAAUACCGAAGCAACAAAUCCAACAGAGAUAACUACAAGAGUUAUGUCUCUCGACGAAAAACUCGAUGAACUCGAUCGUUGUAAAAGUCAAUUGACUAUUACAGAAUACCAAAAAACCAGACAAGCAAUCUUGGACAACUUUUCUAGAGGGAAGGAGGGUGCUUAG